AUGAAGAACUUCAAGCCCUUCUUCGUUGAAAGCUCAUUCGCUCGCUCACGCCCAACAUCAUCCAACCCUUUCUUCCUCUCCUCCCAACGCAAGUUUGCAGCUUCAGCCUCAGUAUCCCAAGACGAAGGGAGGGUUAUUGAUUAUUCUUAUGGCCUUAACUUGGCUUUGGCUGGAAAAGGUGUAAUUGUCAAGGACCAAGCUUUUCUAAAUUUGAACUCCUCUCAACUACAACACAAGGGUGCAACAAUUGCAGAAUCAUUGUCAGGGCUUCCGCUUCUUGUUAGAGGACAUGUCCCUGGAGGAGGACCUUCUGAAAUUUCCAAGCCACACUUCACUAAACUUUUAAAACAGGUCACAAAUCAUAUAUCAUCCAUCUCAAACAUUUUUGUUCAUGACGGGGCUAUUGGUUCAUCACCAAAAUGUGAUGUGAAAGUUCGUUUAAUAAGUGAUAGUCCGUCUGCGAUGCUGUCACUAUCCCAUAUGCUCUGGGAGACUCCCACCCGUGCAGUUUCUCAGGAUUCGUGUCCUUUGACAGUUUAUGUGGCUACUUCUAUAAGUCCAGGCAUUGGGGAAAGUAUUGGCCUUGGAUCCAAAGAAAAUGAUGGAUUCAUAGCUGCUGAUAUUGAGCGCUCAUCACUUAUUUUAUGUGGUAAAGCGUUCUCAGAUUCAAAUACAACUAAAGAAGCACUAGCUGCCUUGUCUGGGCCUGUUAUAUUUGCAAGAGGAGGCCUUCCAUUAUCUGCAAGGCUUUUAGUGUCUGGUGAUUCUGUGGUUCUUUUAUUUGCACCCAAAAGGACCUUUAAGAGUUGCAGAGAUCUGUUGGUGCCUUCAGAUGCAGGUGUAAUUCUUUCUUCUAAAGGUCUUGCCUUUUUGUUUCAAACUGGUGGAUCAAAUCUAUUCAAAUUGCCAGCUUCUGUAUUCCUUGCAUCUUCUGACAGUUCUGGUGUUAUCCCUUCUGUUUCAAAGCUCUCCCCUGGCCAGGCAGCUUAUCACUUCUUGGCUGGUUAUCAGAAUGGGAAGUUCAUACCUGCAUACAACAAAGGCACUUGGUCCAUUGACCCGUUGGAACUAGCUAAGGCGUUUCUGUCCAAGUUGAAAGAUGACCAGAUCUCAUCUUACCUGUUCAAUGUCAAUGGAGGAGAAAAUAAUGUAAAUGGCAAGGAUUUUGCUAAGGUGGUGCAAUCAACGUUGUCCGAGAACAUCCCACCAUUUCGAGCUAAAAGUGGGGGGGAUCUUGAAGAAAAGUACAAGAGCUUCCUGUUGAGCAAAUUUCCAGACUUGCCAGAGGAAUUCUCGUUCUAA